AUAGUAUCGACGCAUGUUGGCUCAAAAGUGAAUUAAGCUGAUAUGAAUUAAAAGCCAAUGAUUGGUCGAAAAUUCUCUUCGUUUGAAAGCAAAAAUGUGAUAUAAAUGAACCUAAGGUCUUGGCUAGAUAAAACACUUAAGAAAAAAACUGUUUACGUCAAGCAUCAGAUCGAGGACUUUCGGACUUCAGUCCAACGUAGGGUUUUGAAUAAGCACGACCUUCGGUUGAUUCUCUGUCAGCUUGUUAAAGAGAAUUGCCUAAAAUAUCUGAAAUAUGGCGUUCUUUUCUAAGGCUACUGCCAACAGUGAGAGUAUCUCGGGGAAUAUUUUACUGUGUCCUGUGUGUGAGGACGAAUACGACGACCCUAAACGACUACCAUGCAUGCAUACAGUAUGUCUUGGAUGCUUAGAGAGUGUUGUACCACAGAACUCCUUGAUUAUGAAAUGUCCUAUCGAUGACCAAGAACUCCCAAUGCCCAAAGGUGGAGUAAACGCUUUACCAUCAGAUCUCAAGAUUAUACGGCUUCUAGAGCUCUCUUCUGGGGACCAGACAACGAAAAAACCAAGAAACAAACCCAAAAAACCCAAGCCAGUGAGCGAAGAGGCGAAGAAAAAGCCUGUCGUUCGUGGACAGAUAGCAGCGACUCUGGAAGAAGAAGCAGAACUGGUCAGAAAGCUUUUUACAGAAACAGCUAAUAAAAUUCGCGAAGCAGUUUCUGAUAAAGAAAAGGAAAUACUAAAAGAAAUAGAUGAUUUGGUGAACAAGCAGUUGCGCAAGGCAGCCAGCGCGGCAAGCUUCUCUAACGGGGCCGAUUCUGGUGGUAAUGAAGGAGAUGAUGACAAUAAAGAUGAAGAAGACGGAAAGAAGCAUCCAUCUUUUAUCAUUGAUUUGACACCAAGUAGAAAACUUCUUCAAAUGGCCAGAGAGGAAGGAUUGGGCAACAUCAAGUUCGGGCAAAAAGCGACCACACCCGGUCCUGCUGAAAAACCUUUACCAAUUAAUAAACCUAUUCCUUCUGCUGCUUCAGCUACGUCCGCAACAACUGGCGGCACGGCUGAGAUCAUCAAUGCUGUUAACCUUCCAAACAGAUAUAAGCGCAGUUUCGGCCCCUCUGCAGUAGCUGUAAGCCACGCUGGUCAUGUCGCUGUGUCUGACUUUGGUGGUGAGUGCGUCCUUCUGUUUGAUCCUGAGGGGAAUUUCGUCAAGAAAAUUGGCGGAGAGUCCGGUGAUGCAGGACUUGAAGUCCUUUCAACACUUAAGUCCUCAGACAUCUUGGCUCUGUUUUACUUCAUUUGA